AUCUGAGACAGUCACAGUGGAGUGACCCUGAAAAAAACAUGUCUGCAGAUUUUGCAUGAUGAAAAAGAGUGUCCUACAACAACGUACAAGCGUUAAUCUAAAAAAUAUGAAAAUAAAAUUGAACUCUACUUACCUAUUUAUGAUUUAAUUGUGCAAUAUAUGAAGCCGAACGGGUAUUGAUGGAGAAAACACGAAUAAACGGUAGAACGCUGGCAAUAUUUCUCUUCAAAAUGUCUGUUCGUCUAACCGAUGACGUCAACAUCCGGGAUCCUGCAUAAAAUUUUGGAAAAAAUAUUAUCUGUAGUAUUUCUCAAAUAACUGAAUACUCAAAGUGGAAACAAUGAAUCCCAUGCAGAUGGACGAUGCAGCACAUAUUAGGAAUAUGCGUGAUUUCCUAACAGUUUAUAACAGGAUGACGGAAAACUGCUUCACCAAAUGUGUGUAUGACAUGAACCACAGAUUCCUUGCCACAGAUGAGGCUGGCUGUGUAGAGCGAUGCAGUUCAAAACAUGUCAACACAAAUCACAAAAUCAUGUCAGAAUUCGUCAUAUAUCAACAGAAGAAAAAUGAGGCUUCAGUGGCAGAAGCGGAAAAACAACAACAAAAAAUAGAACAAGAACUAGCACAACAAAAAGCUAUGGAAACUCAAAGUGCAAACAUGGAUGCUUUGUCUAGUGAAUCAACUAAUACCGCAGAAAGGACCAGUGAAACAAAUUCUAAUGCAACAUCUUCUAACUCAUAGCUACUGGAAUGGAUGAAGUUAAUAUCACAUAUACAUGUAUAGAGCUUGUCAGCUCAAUGUUUCUAGGAUAUGACAAGGAGAUCUAUAGCUACUGCUCAUUGACUAAAUUUCUUUGAUUUGGGCAUGUUGUAAGAUCAUCACCAGUGCCAUCUAUAAUCAGGGAUUAACAUACUGGUACAUACUUUAUUUAUAUCAGUAUAUAGACAAAGGUUCAUGAGAUUACAAAGUUAUCUACUGUACUUCUAUUUAAUUUGGUGACCCUUUUAAUUUGGCAGAUCCACCAAAUUAAGUCGCUGCCAAAUUCUUUGGUAAUUUUAGUACCAUGUAAAUUA